AUGCCACAUAGUGCAAAUUCUAAUGUACUGCCAACAGAUCAACAAAGUUGGAAUAGAACUAUACUACAAAGAGAUAUGACGGUUUCAAUAGAAUCUGAACGACCAGGAAACAUUAAUUUGAAUAAUAGAAGAACAUCAGUGAUAGUCGAAGAACAAAUUUCAAAUUCACCACCAGCAUAUGAUGAAACGAGACGACAAAGUUCAGUAAAAAUUAAAACACAACAACAGUUUCUACUACCUCCAAGUUACGAAGAUUUUAUGCGACGACAAAAUAGAAACGACGAAACUAAUUUAUAA